AUGCAGUGCAUCAUCAUGCUGGUGCAAGUGCUUCAGCAAGAGCUUCGUGCUGCCCUCGAGGUUCGUGACAGGGAAAGACUCUCAGCCGGCUUGGAGAUGCUGCGCUACGCAAAGGUCGCCCAACUGCCUGAAGAAGAGCCUGCCAUCAGGACGCUUGUGGCCAUCGAGCUCGAGGCCGCGAUCGCGGCGCGCAAGGAGCUCGAGCUGAAGCAGGCCAUCCUGAGCGCGCAGCAGUACGAGCAGACCGGUUCAAGGCUCUACAAGGAUGCGGAGGAUGCCUUGCAGACGGUGCUGGAGGAAAAGCGGGUGGAACAGAUCGGCAGGCAGCUUGCAGACGCCGCCGCGAGAGGCGAUUUGGAGAUGUUGCACAGCCUGCUGCAGGCUGGCAAGACGCGUCCUGGAGGCUCCCUGCUGACCGAACGACCAGAGUUUUCGGAAGCGGAGGUAGCGCUCAAGAAGGGCGUCCGCCAAUCGCUGCAACGUGCCAGUGCGACCUGUAGCCGGAAAGCCGUACGAAAGGCAUGUGCUGAGGCCGAAAGAUACGGCUACUCAGAUUUGCCUGAGUACAUGCGGCUGGUGGAUUUGCAGAGGCAGCUCUGCUUGCAGAACCUGCAAGACGCAAUGGCGAGAAGAGAUCAGGAAGCUCUGCGCUCGACGCUGCAGGAAAUGAUCGAGCAGGAUGUGGACGUCAAUGCCUGGGCUGGUCAGGAGCCGAAGUUCCAAGAGGCGAUCAAGGUCUACAAGGAGCUGCUGGGGCUGCCUCCGUACUUCGAGAAUGAACAGGUGCUGAGCAAAAUCUCCAAGAGCAGCGUCAAGAAAGAAUUGCUGCAAAACACCCUCUGCGAGGUCUUCCAAGAGCUGCUCGAUGCAACCUACCGCCGCGUGCGGACAAAGGACCGAAGAGGAGAUGUGCCGUCACGGCUGAUCGUCAAGGAAGCCGUGGUUGUAAAGAAUCUGCCGAACUUCGUGGAAUACGUGCGAAGACGCGAGGAGAUUCGGAAAGAAUGCCAAGAGCGUCCCCAUCCAGCCACGCUCCUCAAUCAACUGGAGAGCAGAUCUGUAUGCAAGACAUUUGCUGCCUUGCCCAGCGGGAAGCCGUUCCACCAAGUUUGGAGAGAGUCUCACGACCUUCCGAAUGAUCCAGUUGAUGCCGGCAUCAACGAAUUUUAUCUUUUUCACGGAACAAAGCCUUCGUCGGCUUUGGCCAUAGCAGAAGGUGAUUUUCGUCUCGACCUGGCCGGUUCAAACGCUGGGACACUUUACGGAAGAGGCCUCUACUUCAGUGAGAGCACUGGAAAAAGCGACGAGUACGCGACGGAAGACAGCCGAGGACUUUGCUGCAUGUUGGUUUGUCGCGUCACUUUGGGCCGCCUACUGUACACCGACGAAGAAUAUCCGAACACAAACGACCUCGUCAGGCGCUGUACCAGAGGCGAAAACCAUUCAGUACUGGGUGAUCGUGAGAAGAUCCGCAACACGUUUCGCGAGAUGAUCGUCUACGACACACACCAGGCUUAUCCGGAGUUCGUCGUGUGGUACUCGAGAGAAAUGUGA